UAAAAAAAAAAAAUAGUCAAACCCCUGUCCUCUGUCCACACAUUUUCCACGUUAAAACUACAAAACUUGAAGCAAAGGAGAGAAAAUGAUUCUUUUAGCACUUUCCAUUGAUUUUCUUCCUUCCCCAAAGGGGUCUCCAAAAGAUGUCCUCAAUUUCAACUUUUUUCCAUCCUCCGCUCUUUAGAUUCAAGCUUGGUUCUUCUCCUAAGCUUUGUAAAUCUUCGAACCCAGAUUUUUUCUGUCAGUUCCGGACCCGGAAACCAAGCUCUCUCGGAGGAUUUUUGGCCGAGAAAACCGGGGUGUGGGACCUUCCGAGAGCCAUGAUUAAAACUUCCGCGGUCAGGGACUCUAGGAAUGGAGAUGACUGUCUUCAAGUGCUUGAGCAAGAAGCUUUCAUCGAGGGGUCAGCGCGGCUUCGAGGGCUGGAGACAACCUUGAAUCGUAUGAGCAAGUGGUUGGUGGCGGCGACGUUUGGUGGGGUGCUUCUGUGGAGGCAUGACGCGGAGGCUAUAUGGGUGGCGAUGGGGUCGAUUGUGAACGCGCUGCUGUCAGUUGGGCUGAAAAGGGUGCUGAAUCAGGAGCGGCCUGUUGCUGGGCUUAAGUCUGACCCUGGGAUGCCAUCUUCUCAUGCCCAAUCCAUCUUCUUCACUGUCGUUUUUACCAUAGCUUCCAUUUUGGAAUGGCUGGGAGUUAAUGAACUUUCAGUGAGCAUCAGUGCUCUGGCUCUGGCAUUUGGUUCAUAUUUUUCAUGGCUUCGAGUGUCACAGCAGCUUCACACGAUGAGUCAAAUCCUUGUGGGUGCUAUCAUAGGGUCCAUUUUCUCAGUUUUGUGGUACAUGUCAUGGAAAGCUGUUGUUUUGGAAGCAUUUCAUUCCUCAUUGUUGGUACGGGUAAUUGUUCUUCUGGGUUCUGCGGGAUUUUGCCUUGGCUUUCUUCUGUAUGUGAUUCAGUAUUGGCUUAGGGAUGAAAGAUGAACGAUGUAAAUAGAUUUAGUUUUAGACGGAUGAAGAUUCCACAGAUGAUUUCAUGAACAGACAAGAAUAAUUGUCUCAUGUCUGAAGCUUAACAGAGCUAAUUAUGUAAAAGUCCUUUGACUCGAUCCUCUCAAGAGUUACGGAAUAUAUUUGAGAGAGA